UUGGACCUUGGUCAACAAUCCAUUAGGUAUCUGGAAGUAUCUCGGGGGACCUGGUUGGCAACAAGGACUCUUGAGGUGAGACAGACAGUUCCCUUGGACAGUCGCUGCCCGGGGAUAGACAACAGACAAUAGGUGCCGGAGUAGGCCAUUCGGCCCUUCGAGCCAGCAUUGACUGUGAUGAACAAGAGCGACCAAGGAUGCUGCAACCGGUCGGUGGCCGGGGAUGGUUUGGCCUCUUACCAGCUCCUCGUUCAGUGGUUGACCCUGCCGUUCUCCGUCGUGAUUGUGGUGGGCAGCCUGGCCUUGGUGGUGGGGAUAGCAGGCAGCAAGAGGCUUCACAACUCGGCCGGCUGGUUCUUCCUCAGCCUGGCCGUCAGCGACCUGGCCACCGGCCUGGUCUUGCCCUCGGUGCCCGGCCUGAGCUCGGCCACCGAUCUGCCCCACGGCCUGUGCUAUCUCACCUACCUGCUGCCCAACUUAGUGGUACUCUCUCUCCUGGCCAACCUGCUGCUCGUGCACGCCGACCGCUACCUCCACGUCGUGCACCCGCUGCGGGGCCGCACCUGGCUGCGGGGGCGCGCCUGGGCGGCCCUUCUGGCCGUCUGGCUGCUACCCCUCUCCUUCGCUUGCUUGCCCCUGCUGGGCUGGAACUGCUGGCCGGCCCAGCGCUCCGGCCGCUGCUGCUGCCACUCCGGACACGUCUUCCCACCUGUGUACAUCUACCUGGAGGUGUACGGGGUUUUGAUGCCGUCUAUACUGGCCAUGGGGGCCAGCAACGCCGCCCUCCACCGCCUGGCCCUGGGGCAGAUGAGACGCAUCCAACGGCAGCAUCGGGCAGUGCAAUCCGGCCCCACCAUCUCUCCCCUGGAACAAGAACUCAACCUGAGGUACACCAGGAGUGUGGCCGGCUCCUUGUUGGUCUUCACCUGCUGCUGGCUGCCCUACAUCGCCCACCUACACGGCAGCUUCCUGGGUGCCCGAGUCCACAUUGUCCUCUCCUGUCUGGGCAUCGCCAGCGCCGCCCUCGUGCCCUUCGCCCUGGCCAUGGGCAACAAGGACUACCUCCAAACCUGGGCCAGGAUCCGGGCCAAACUCUGCCGGCGUGCAGGUGACCCUCAAGGGUGGCCAUAGACCCUCAUCUGCCGCUACCCAGUCUCCCAGGUUAACUGGAGAUGGAGAUGGA